AUGGCACGCCCUUCAGUCACCCUUCCCCAGGGCACCGUCGUCGGAGUCCAGCUCGAAGACAAAUUUCCCCAGCCCGUUGACGCCUUUCUAGGAAUACCCUAUGCUCGCCCUCCCGUUGGCGAUCUGCGCUUCAGACCAGCAGAGAAACUCCCCGAGUCAAAAGAAACCAUUGACGCUUCCAAGUAUGGUCCCGCUGCUCCAGGAAAGGCCCUGUUACCAGGUGGCCCGAAGCUCGAACAGAGCGAAGAUUGCUUGAGCGUGAACAUUUUCCGCCCCUCAAAGUCGAACACGUCUAAGAAGCUCCCCACGGCCAUAUACGUGCAUGGCGGCGCGUAUAAUCGGGGGUCGGCGGCGAUGCAUAAGACCGCCUCGAUGGUGGCUUGGUCUGAGGAACCCUUCGUCGCAGUCAGUUUUGGGUAUCGUCUUGGGUCACUGGGUUUCCUGCCGUCCAGUGUGUCGAAGAAGGAAGGCUUGCUGAACCUUGGUCUCCGCGAUCAGGUAUUCCUGUUCCAGUGGGUGCAGGAGAACGUUGCGCAGUUUGGAGGAGACCCAAACAACGUCACACUGUUUGGUCUUUCUGCUGGUGCUCACUCGAUUGGACACCACCUGCUCAAUUAUGACGGCCACAAAGCCCCACUCUUCCACCGAGUUAUCAUUGAAUCCGGAUCACCAACCUCCCGUGCUGUCCGCCCCUACAACGCCGCUGUUCACGAAGAGCAAUUCCGCGACUUCCUCAAAGAAGUCGGCUGCCCUUCGACUUUGUCCGAAUCCGAAAUCUUCCCUUUCCUGCGCUCCCUACCGAGCAAAAUUAUAACAGAUGCGCAAACCACAGUCUUUGAUAAGUAUAACCCGUCCUUGCGCUGGGCCUUCCAACCAGUCAUUGACGGAGACAUUAUUCCUCGGAAGCCGCUAGACACAUGGGCUCAGGGAUUAUGGCACAAGGUGCCAAUUAUGACGGGCUUCAACUCGAACGAGGGGACAAUGUACGUCGACAAGUCAAUGUCAGACCCGGCGCAGUUCCGCGCAUUCUGGCAUGAGCUCCUCCCGCAAUUGGCCGAGGAGGAUCUGGACACCAUCGACCGACUCUACUCAGACCCAAGCACCGAUCCAUCCUCUCCGUAUGUUGAGACCAGAGAGGGCCAUGGUCUUGGUCCGCAAUACAAGCGCAUCGAGGCAGCGUAUGGACACUACGCAUAUGUCGCGCCUGCCCGGCAAACAGCACACUUCGCCUCCUCUGCUCCAGAGGCCCCGACUGUAUACCUCUACCAUUGGGCGCUUCCCAGGACCGUCGUCGGCCGUGCAAACCACGGUGACAACAUGUACUAUGAGACAUUCAACGACGAAGUCACGGGUAUCUCCGAAUCGCAGAAGGAACUUUCAGGGACGCUGCACGCGUACCUCACCAGCUUUAUCACGAAGGGAGAUCCUAAUGCCAUCAGUGGCCGUUAUGGGACGCGGCCGGAGUGGAAGCCUUAUAACCCCAAGUCUCCUGGUGUUCUCGUCUUUGGCGAAGACAAUGAGGAGCUUAUUGGAGGCAAGGUUGGGCCACCCGCGAAGUUUGUGCCUGACGACUGGGCGACGGAAGAGACGAAGUUCUGGUGGAGCAAGGUUCCGAUUUCGCAGCUUGCGUGA